GCACACAUCGUUAUUGGUAAAUCGUCCCAUACACGCUGACUACAUCCUCUGCUGCAAUGGCUGCCGGGAUAGUUCUUGGAAAACCUGGUCGUCCAAUCGAACAGACACCUGCCAGUGCAUAUUUUGCGACAUUGUCCAAAGUAGCCGUAGUAGUGCAAUUUGGCGAACCUGGGCGGCAACGUCUGGCAGGCGGAGAAAGCAAAGAAGCCCAAGUUGGACAGCAAAUAUGUUAGCUGCUACUUUCAGAGAUCUCAUUCGGUGUACUAAUACAGCGGGAAAAAAAAAGGGGAUAUUGUACCACCAUAUGUUCUUCUGCGUUUUUCUCUCUUUCUCUCUUGUUUUUUUUUUAACUUCAUUCGUGUGCACAGGUUUACCAACUGUAGACAGGUUCUGCAAACCGUAGGCUCCGCUGCGGCGGCUAAACCAUGCCUGCGGCGGCGGCAACAACAACGGCCCCAGCUUUCAAUCACGGCUGUAUUGGGCCUCGAGGACCGCUAUCGUAAUACAGCCUCUUGUGACUUGGCAUAGUGAAGCGCGCGUGUCGCAAAUGGGCGUGCUGUAACUAACAACAGCAACAACCGAUAACAGUUGACUGAUUCUAUCGAAACAGAAAGAGAGAGUGGGAGAGGGAGACACGUGCGCGUUGAUGUUGUAUUUUGAUCUUUUCCUUUCUAUUAUUCCCUGUAUCGCAAUCUUUUUCUCGCAUGAGACAAGUGCGAGCCAGAAUCAACUCCAGCUUCUACGACUGUUACAGCAAUUACAGCUACCAUCUGUUGCGUCGUUGGCGGAGGUGCGAUCAAGCCAACAAAGCACGCGAACGAUCUAUGGACAGUGGCGGUACGCAGAUUUCAGCCGAUCGUUUUUUAAUCGUCAUUCCAGAUAUUAAGGCUGUUCCAGAUACAGUAAGGUGUGCUGGCGUGGCACAAGGUGUGAGACGAUUAGUCGACCACAGGAGAAUAGAAUGCACGCAGCAACAAUGCUUUCUACUAAAGCCCCUUCGUAUUAUUAUUAUCAUCAUCAUUAUUAUUAUUGUUAUUAUUAUUAUUAUUAUUAGUAAAAUUAGUUUUUCUUCAUUGGUGUAGUUCUUGGUGUUGAUGUUUGCUUUUUUUUUGUUUGCCUUGCAUCUUCCCACGUCCAAAUGCGUGUGACCGGCAAUGCAGCAAAUAUAACAUUCGCGUCCAUACACACUGUUGUGGCCGGCAAUCGCAUAAAGCUCAACAACAGCUGAAGAGGUGACGAAAAUCAACAAAGGGGUAAUUGAACGAUGGAAAUCGGAAGGCCAGGAUCUGCGAAGACAUACACCCGAUCAGCUUGACAAAUUCGCCGUUUCACAACUAGAAUCAUAUAGAAGUUGAUUAGAGAUGCUCAAUUAAUAUGCGUCACAUUUUGGUGCUUCGGAGAAGUGUGCAUAUCGUAACAAGAAAACGUGUUAAAUUGAAAUAUCGGCCUUGUUGGACCUCAUCCAUGUUCAGGUGUCGUGCAGAUCCACCCGGAGGCCUAUAUAGUCUGAUCUGCUUCAGUUGUUUAUUAGUCAUGUAUUAGCCUGGGAGAUGGCUUUCACAAACUGUAAACAAGGACGCCGGCGAGAACCGGUGCCUCGUUCGAUUGAUGUUCGUAGGGUAGACCGUUCCUAAUCUGCAACGCUCUUUCAAGGACGUGCUCUCAAUAAUGCGAUCAGGUUAAUAGUAACUAACUAAGGCGCAAGUGCUAAGGCGCUUAGCAGGACACGCCUUGGUAGAUCUAAUUCGUGACUGUUAUAUAUUGUUUUGAUCUUUUUUCUCUUCUUUUCCUAGAAAAUGAGUCUUGGCGACCGCCACUGCGCCGUGCCUUCUCGGUCGACUGUAACCCAGAACGACAUCUGAAGGCUCUUAGAGACCCCUCGCCGGCGAAACUCCUCGACUCCGCGAGAGUUCGAGAGCAAUUUACAGCAAAUACAUUUCGAAUAGGCAACAAAUAAGACACUUGGUUCUCGAUAUAGCGAGGUAGAGGUAGUGAGAGAGAGAGAGAGAGAGAGAGAGAGAAAUAUAGAGAGAGAGAGAGAAACAAAGCUUGUUUGUACCAAAUAGUUAGCAGGUAUCAGGUACCAACAAAACAGGCAAGCUGCCAUCGAGCAAAGUGACAACUAUGAUUUUAACUCAACAUCUUUCGUUCGCUUGAAACUAUUGAGCGUUUGAAAAUAUUACCUAGCUCUGUCUGUAGUUUCCCGAACGGCCGUUGGUCAUUGAGAUCGAGUCUAAUGAAUAGCGGACCCUUUCAUUCUUUGAGUAUUGGACUGGCUGUCCCCGCUAUUCAAAUUGGUUGUAUGUGACGGCAAUGAUGGCAUUGCCCAGGUUGAUAUAUUCUUUUUUUUUUUGUUUAUUCCAGGUCAUCCCGUUCAAGUUGAAAGUGUAGCCCCUCUACAAAGUGGCGGCCGAAAUUUCUAUACAGCUCACUACCCGGUAGUUUAUUGCGAUGUCCAUUAGGUAUACUUAUGUUAAGUUUACAUGCGAAAGAUGAUGUAAUCCGACAGGUCAUCUUUGAUCACUGUUGAUAUUCUCGUCUGUUUUCUCACGCUCAUCAUAACGAGGAGUAAAAAAUCGAAUGGUUUACCUCUAAUAAUCUGAAGACGAUGAGCGCACUCCACAAAAGUGUUACCCUAGGGCGGCUGGAGGCAAACUCAUAAUGUUCUGUCCUUUAUAAUAAUAAUUAUUAUUAUUAGGCUUUGCUAUUACAAUCGUUGUUUUGCUAACUUCGAGCAUUUAUAUUGUCAGAAUCUGCUUGGCGGCAGAACCGAGACAAGAAAAAAAAAUAGCUACAGCGAAAGAGCGUUGCAGAUUAACCAGGAAUGCACACUUGUCCAUGAGUAUGGUGCUGAUAACGACGAUCGAGGAAUGGCGGCCAUUAGUAUUAAUCAGUUUUUGGUAGGUGUAAACGUUCGUCGACGGUUAUUUCUAUAUAGUUUUUUUUCUGAUAUUGGAUCAAUUUAGCUAACGGAUAGUGUUUUACAGGUAUCCAAACGGGGCCCGUAUUGGCAGGUCCAGGUGCACUGAGGGAGCAGGCCCACGUCACUUUGGAAAAAAUCAAGAACUUCCAGCUCCCAGAACUAACGCCCGAACAGCAGGAAAUGCUCGACAAGGCAAAGAAGUAUGCGAUGGAACAGAGCAUCAAGACGGUCAUCAUCAAACAGACGCUGGUCCAUACACAGCAGCAACAGAAGACUUUGCAACGACAUCAGGUUAGACUGCAAGAAUCCUGCUGGCAAACAAAGACGUCGUCAAACUACACUUCUAGUCAAACGCUGAUAGAGUAUCUCGAAUACGCUCUCGUUCUAAUGUGUCGCAUUUAUGUGGGGAGCAUUAGUUUUGAAUUGCGAGAGGACGCUGUACGUACGGCUUUCAAGCCGUUCGGUCCAGUGAAGGCGAUAAACAUGUCUUACGAUACUGUUACACAACGACAUAAAGGUUUUGCCUUUGUCGAGUUUGAAUUACCCGAAGCUGCGCAGCUUGCCCUUGAGCAAAUGAACGGUGUCUUUAUGGGAGGACGAAAUAUCAAGGUUGGUCGACCAUCAAACAUGCCACAAGCUGCGCCAGUACUCGACCAGAUCAUGGAGGAAGCAAAGCAGUCGUCACGCAUAUACAUCGCGUCAAUCCAUCAAGAUCUUAGUGAAGACGAUAUUCACUCCGUGUUCGAAGCAUUUGGCAAGAUUAAGAGCUGUAAACUGGCACCAGGGGUACAUCCCACAGAAAAGCACCGUGAAUACGGUUUUAUCGAAUACGAUACUAUUCAGGCGGCUUCUGACGCUAUCACCUCAAUGAAUUUGUUCGACCUAGGGGGACAGUUUUUGCGAGUGGGACGUGCCAUCACUCCAUCAGAUUGUGCGCUUGGCAAUCUCGGUGUUUUACUCCCAGUCGCUCCAGUUUUAGCCGGACCUCUACCGACGGCAGCAGCAGUAGCAGCCGCUGCUGCCACAGCCAAAAUUCAGGCCCUCGAAGGCACCGUCCUGCAAGGCAAGCUCGGAGCCGAUGAUCUUUCACCAGGCAGCGGUGCCUUGCUAGCUGGGAACGGUGUUCCCACUGCUAUGCCUGGUUUAGUCCCAAAUUUGGCUGCUUUACCACCACCUGGAAUUGUAACGCUUGAUGCUGACGGCAAGCCUAAAGUUCAACUCCCGCCGCCUACUGUGUUGACUACGCUUCCGCCCAUCGGGACGCCCGUGCCCAUGCCACCGCCUCCACCACCGCCUGCUCAAACAGAAGGACAAAACUCUUCACCUCAGCUAAAGAAACCUUCAUUCGAAGAACUGUUGGAUGACGCGAGAGAACUACCGCUUCCGUCAGGUGAUACGGAGGACCCCGAGGGAGAUGUGGCCAUCAAGGGUGGCGGAGCCCGGUUAGCCAUGAUGAGAAGACUCAUGCGAACUAAAACACGUGACCAGUGUGUUAUGAUACUUAGAAAUAUGGUUGGAGCGGACGAGGUCGAUGAGGAUCUGGAGCCGGAAAUUUCAGAAGAAUGUGGUAAGUUCGGUACCGUCAACAAGGUUACCAUUUACAAUGAAAAGCAGGGUGAAGAGGAGAACGCACCCGUUGAGGUGAAGAUCUUCGUCGAGUUUUCAAAGACUUCUGAGAUGCACAUGGCUAUCAAAGCAUUGCAUGGACGCUUUUUCGGUGGGCGACAGGUUAUCGCAGAGAUGUACGAUGUAUUCCUGUACGAUAACAACAAUCUGUCGGCCUAGGGGGCCGAGAAUAACGAAGCACUUCAACACGAGGCUCCAGGAGCCUGGCUAUCAGUUCGGCCCCGCUCUACUAGCAGCUCGCGAGGCGAGCAGUAAAUGAGUCUUCUAUCAUUGUUUUGCCUACAGGUCGCGUGAUGUCACGCUCGUGCAGCUAUCGAACGUAUUUAGCGUAAUCGGUACGUGUUGGCAAUUACCAUUUGUCGAAAUAUCAAGCAUCGUAUAUAUCUGAAAGGACAACGAGUGUGAAAGACAAAUGAACAUGGUCAGAUUAUACCUGAACUAUUCGCCAACAACAUCAAAAUACUCCGCUAAACAAGAGAAGCCACUGCACAAGCGCCCGGCAUUACUCGGCAUAAUUUAUUGUAUGUACUCUACUUUUAAUUUAUUUAUGGCUGAGUCAUAGGCCACUAUUCGCAGAUAUUGCUGAUAGAUCAGAUAAAAGACAAAGCAAUGAAUGUAUGUGUGCGUGCGUGUUGGCGACAAACGUGGUUAGCCUACAUUUGUGUCAGUCGAUACUGCGUCUAAUCUUUGUGUGUGUACAAGUAAUCGUCUUUGGAAACGCGAUUACCAUUAUUGACGCGAUUACGUUCAUCGCAAAAAAAAUGCUUCCAUUAAGCCGGCCUAGUUCUGUGUUAAGGUUCUUCCGCCCAAUUCGCACGGCUUUCAAAACUAGCGAAUAAGGUGACGCUUACGCUGAUUUUUAGUAUUAUUACCGCAUUAUUUUUACGAUGAAUUGUCCGAACCAACGGUGCAGAAGAACAGUUCAAAGAAAUGAAGAUAAAAAACUCUUGUGAAUUUAUUACUACCUAUAAUGCAUUGUGUACGUAAAGUGUAACAAGCCAAAAUACAGAAUCACUGGUUGGAUUUUUUUCGAUUAGUAGACAUCACGUUACUUGGCAAUCUUAUCACAUGAUCGAUUUUUCCCUCAUGAACGAACCAACCACGGGCGCAAAAGCGCUGUUAUAGAACAGGGCAAAAAGGGAAGGGAAUGUACUGCAGUAAAGCAGUGAGAGUAGUUUUUUCCUAAGUAAAAAUAUGCUUGCAGCACAUUCAGGCCCAGAUUCACAUGCUAUUGGCAUAAUAUUUGAAAUUAUAUGGUUAGUAGCUUUUUCUAGCGUCAGUAUAGGGUCAUACCGGUUGAAGCUGCUGUGACUGAAACGCGCUGUGUUGAAAAUGUACUUUAUUAGGUAUUUUUCCAGCCCGUUCUAGUUAAAAUCAGAUCCCUGACAAGCAGCUGAUCGCUGGAAUAAAUUCUGAAAGGAUAUUUGAGGGCCGAUGACUAAGCUCAAUUUCUUGUUUACCAUCAUCUCUGUAGACGUCGUGCAUAAAAUAGGAACAAUAGAACAUGUGCGUAUGUAUAUAAUUGCUAAAUAGUUCAAAAUGAAAAAAUAGCUGUCAUUACGACUGUGACAAUGGUGUAUACGAGUAUAGAGCUCUCUUCGAGGAAAUUCCACAGACAGUCAGACGCCACGAGAUCAUUAAUAGUAUGUAUAUAAAUAUAAAUAGAUACCACAUUACACAUAUAUAUGUAUAUAUAUAUAUAUAUAUAUAUAUAUAUAUAUAUAUAUAUAUAUAUAUAUAUAUAUAUAUUACCUACGUGACAGGUAUGUGUAUGAAUAUUCAAACGUAAACCAAUCGUGUAGAAAAAUUCACAAUGAA